AUGGAGAGCCAGAAGAUUAAGGUAACUGCCCUAUCACUCUCUCUAGAUGAGCAAACCUGGGGGGUGGGGUGGCGGCAGCACAAUGUUGAGCUGGAGAUGCAAAUCUGGGUUGUCAUGUUCCUCUCUAGUUGGGCCAAGCCUUGGAAGAUAACAUGAAUCUGGAGUGAAGCUAGGAAACGCUCUUAGAAGGAAGCCAGUAGAUCGAUGUACAAAACCAGUUAAAAACAGAGGACUCGAUUUCAAACUUGAGUGUCACGGAAGAGUGCUGUGGAGCUCAAAAGCUUCCAACGAGCUAAUGGUGCAAUAGAAGACACCAUCUUGUCACCAAUGUGAGGUUUCCCCCUCACAAUUUUCUACUACUACUGUUGAAGAGUAUUAGGAGCUGCAUGGAAAAUUAAAGAAAAGCAAUGCUACUUUCCCUAGAGGGCUUCAGACUAAUUAAAAGGAAUGGGAUGGAGGGGAGGUCCAGGUUGGGUAAAAGGGGCAAGUUAGAAGUGGUAGUGGAGUAAAAAGUCAGGGGAAGUUUGGAUGAUUUCAAGAAGGACUUUGUGAGGUAGAGGGUGGUGGUCUCUGGUAGCUUGCGCUAUGGGACAGAGAAGGGGGAAAUGCCCUGGGUAUAGAGAGGGGAAGCAGCAGAGGUAGUGGGACGGAAGAAAAGCAACAAAAUGGGAGCACAACCAGUGUGCUUGAGUGGAACAGGCGUGAGAGAACAAGGAUGCGCUGUAAAUAAGAAUCGCUGGUCCACCGGUCAAGCACUUCAUCUCUCAACAGCGGCUACGGUAUGAAGUCCACAAAUGGCCGUGAAGACAAAAGCUCUCUGUGGACUGUCGUCAGCAUCUGAUUCAGUGAGGUUUACUGGUUCUGAGCAUGAGAUCCCAUUUCUCAUGGCUGCUAGCUGUUGACAGACCUCUCGUCCAUUUGGGGGGUGGGAGAUAGGAGGGAGAGCUGUAGCUCAGCAGCAGAGCAUAUGCUUUUUCAUGCAAAAGGUCCCAGGUUCGGUUUAAAAAGAACCCCUUUUGGCGAUAAAAUUCCAUCGGUGGCUUACACAUCGUUCUGUGUGAUUUGUUUCAUUUCAUCUGUCCUGAAUGGCUGCCAAUCACUAGGUGAGCUUGUGUUUUCAUAUUGUGUGUAAGGGAUAAUGGACACUUUCUCACACUGUCUAUAAUUUUAUAUGUUUGCAGUUGGUUUAUUUAGUAUUAACAAGCCCCAAACAGGUUAUAGUGAAACCAAUCUUUCUUUGUUCACAGGUAAGCCCUGUUGAUUUAUGGGAUUUAACCCUUUCCUCCCUCUGAUUGUCCUGAGGAAAGUUUCUCUUCCUAUAGUGCUAUUUUACUUUAGGGAUAAAUCCUCCAUUGCUGUGUGUGCGUGCGGCCGUGUGUGUGUGUGUGUGUGUGUGUGCAUUUUCAAUGCAAAUCCAAGCUUCAGAGGAAGCAUUUUCCUCUGAUCUGCAAAGGGGCAAAGGAGGGCUGCAUUCUCUUGAUAUGCCUGCUGAAAUCCCAAUAAAUAUUUUCUCAGACAGCUGAUGCAAUUUGCAUUAAAAAACAAACAAACCUGCACAACAUUGGUAAAUUCAAAGAUACAUUGGACAUCAUGUUUAGCUUGGCCCUUAAUGACUUAAGAUCAGAAAACCUGACAUUCACCUCCACAGGCAGAGGCAAUAUGACUCCAAAUGCCAUUUCCUGGGAAUCAUGGGGAAGUGGGAAGAGUGCAGUUGAGCUCAGACGCUGCUUUCGGACUUCCCCUAAGUACUUGGUUGGCCACUCUGAGUACAGGAUGCUAGACCUUUGACCUGGCUCAGCAGUGACAUUAUGUUACAAUGCUCUCAAAACCAACGUUUAAAAUUGGACAGCACGGCUGCCCAAAGAUCUGAUUUAAAAGUGUUCGUAAUUUGUACGUGGGGAACACUGCGGCUGCGAGUGAUGACAUACGUACUUAAUUACUUAAAUAAUAUAUAACCCACUUAUAAUUGUUCAUUUUUCACUGAGUGGGAGAACAUCAGUGCAGCAUAGUGGUCAGAGGGUUGGACAUGGACCUGGAAUACCAGGGUUCAAAUCCCCACUCGGCCAUGAAGCCCACUGGGUGACCUUGGGCCUAGUCACUGCCUCUCAGCCUAACCUACCUCACAAGGUCGUUGUGAGGAAGAAGAAGAAGAGGAGUUUGGAUUUGAUAUCCCGCUUUAUCACUACCAGAAGGAGUCUCAAAGUGGCUAACAUUCUCCUUUCCCUUCCUCCCCCACAACAAACACUCUGUGAGGUGAGUGAGGCUGAGAGACUUCAGAGAAGUGUGACUGGUCCAAGGUCACCCAGCAGCUGCAUGUGGAGGAGCGGAGACCCGAACCCGGUUCACCAGAUUACGAGACUACUGCUCUUAACCACUACCUCACACUGGAUUAAAUGAAGAGAGGAAGAUGAACCAUAUACGCCACCUUGAGCUCCAUGGAGGAAAAGGUGGAUAUAAAUGCAAUGAAGAAAGAAAAAUAAAAUAAUAUUUCAAUACGACUUAAGAGUAAAAAAUACGAUAGGCUACCAAUGGAACUGCAUCAGAGCUCUCACUUCGAUUUGAGUGGCUGGUAGGGUGCAAGAUAGGGAGGCCAACAGUAGGGGGAGCCAGAGCCAAGGGCAGGCACAAUCAGCUUGUUUUAGUUUCAUCCCCAUCCUCUUCUUCCCAGCUGAUUUCUACAAAGGCAACACUGAGACUAAGAGGGUGGGGAGAUGUCAAGGCAGUGCCACCCCCUGGUAAGAAGGUGGGCAGGUGGGCACUGGAUGAGGGCAGACUGAGGCUGGUGGGGCAGUGCCCCAUUUGCCCUAAUAAGUCCUGCCUCCACUGCUCGAUCUGUUGUCUCUUUGCUAAAUGUAUGUUUCCCCAGAUAAUUGAAGUGACCCAUUAUGACAACGUUUUCAUCUCUGGCUGCCUCCUUGCUGUCUUUCUGCAUCUCAAAGAUCACCAUCAAGAGUUUGCAUCCAGGCAGGAGGGAGGAUUAUAAUAAAAUCCCUACCACUCUACUGCUUAUGUUUGCUUGUUAUUUCUGCAGAGACUGACUCUCUGAAGAGGUUUGUUUCCUUAAGAGAUUUCUGGUUUAUUGGACUCUGUGCCCUCUUUCAUGAACAGAGCACUACUCCCACCUGCAAGCACGACUUGCCUUGCCCUCUCUGUAACACAUGAUAUGGAGGGGUAAUUGCAGUCUACUGAUUCCGCUUGAUAGACCGGGCUUCUGAUAUGCUCAUUAUAUCUGCAUUCUCUUUUAGCGCCAGGCAAAAAAAUCCCUCCUCUGAAGCUUGUAUUUGCAUUGGGAGGAAAUCUCGCAUUGGCACCAAGAUGAUACUAUUUGCAUUAAAAAACAGCAGCAGCAAUCACCCCACCAUUAAAUGCAAAGACACGUUUUCACUUAGUUUGGCCCUCAGAUGCUAAUUUGUAGCUGCCUAUGAAAGUUAUCCCAGUUGAUGGCUCAGUACAUGCAGUAAAAUCUAUGGAGCAGAUAACUUGGUGCUAAUUCACCUAAUCUUUGCUUUCAGGCUUUUCGCAUUAGAAUCUCAACUUUAUAUAUUGCUUCCCUUUUUAAAUGCCGCAUGUGUAUAAUAUUUUCUAUGACCCUUGUUGGACUUUCUGAUUUGCAUUCAUUCAUUUUUAUGUUUUGUUACCAGCUUCUAUUCAGCCCCCGCUUUGAGGGUAUUUGAAUAUUUAGAGCAUCAUCUCAGAGGGAUGAGUCCUCAAGAAAAGAACAGUGCCUCUUAAUUUCCCCUAGUUUUAAAGCUGCUCUGCAAUCUUGUUGUGUUUUGAAAUGCCAAAAGCCUUGUUCAGCUUUAGUUCAAGUGAUGCCUGUCUCUUCAGUACAGGCUCCCCUUGUCUAGGGACUACCAAAUCCAAAUUUCAGAGGGCUUCUCUAAGCCUUUUUAUUGAGAGUUUGCUCUGAUUUGCUUGCCCAAAGCUUGCAGAGAGAUUAAACGAUGCCUGGUCUUCAUUUAGCUUUGUUCUGAUGUGUUUGUGGGGUAGUUUUAUGACAAUGAGCAUUCGUCCUGAUUUGUUUCUGUGUGGGGAUGUUCCUGUGUCCUCCCAUUAAUCAUUUAUCCAUCCUGCACUUUUUUCAGGGCCAUAAUCUCAUGCAGCACCCUAAAAUACCGUAUUUUUCGCUCUAUAGGACGCACCGGACCAUAGGAGGGGGAGAACAGGGGGAAAAAAUUCUCCCCCUCUCUGCUCAGCGCCCCUUCAGCGAAGCGGCAGGAGAAACAGAGCCCCUUCCAUUUCUCCUCCCGCUUCACUGAAGGAGCGCUGCGCAGAGAGGGAAAACUGUGCAGCGCCUCUCCAGUGAAGCGAAGCCUGGAGAGCAAGAGUGAUCGGUGUGCACUGACCCCUCUCGCUCUCCAGGCUUCAGACGGCAGGAACUCUUGCUGCGCUCUGAAGGCUUGCGGAUAGCUGCCUGAAGCCCCUGGAGCGCAGCGGGAAUUCCCUGCGCUCCAGGGGGGUUCAGGCGGCUUCAGCGAAAGCAACGCGAAGCCUCCGGAGCGCGGGGGGAGCUCUCCCUCUGCGCUUCGGAGGCUUCGCGUUGCUAUCUCUGAAGCCAAGGAGCCUUCAUUCGCUCCAUAGCAUUCGCACACACAUUUCCCCUUCAUUUUUGGAGGGGGAAAAGUGCGUCCUAUAGAGCAAAAAAUACGGUACAUGGUUUUGGGCACCAUGAGUGCCCUCCUCCCAAAAAGUGUCUUUGGGCUCUGUGCUGUCACAUGGGUCAUGUGAUUUGUGCAGGAGCACAGACAGGAAGACACAUGUCUCAGUUUUGGGACUCAGCAUGUUGGAGGGUAUGGUUUAGGAAGCUGACUUGUACCAAGUCAGACCAUUGGACCACCUAGUUCAGUAUUGUCUUCACUGACUGGCAGCAGCAGCUAUCCAGGAUUUCAGAUGGGAUGGUGCUGGGAUUGAACCUGGGGACUUUAGGGUGCAAAGUUAAUGCUCUGCCAAUGAACUCAUAGAAGUGCAGCUUGAGAGGGGAUUUAAAGAAAGUUAAAGAAACUUUCAUACAUGUUUGCAGUAAGGUGGGGUUUUUUGGGGGGGAAGUACCCUCAUUUCUGGCAUUAUAAUAUGUAUUUAAUUUAUUAAAUUAAGAUGAGAGGGUUGCUAUUUUUAAUACACGUUUACAGUCAUGUUAACCUCCCAAAAAAUAUAGCACUGUUAUUCUAAAACUCUCUAUCGUCACAGACGAGAAGAAAAGUUUAAUUAGGAGAACCCUAAUGAAAAUGUGGCAAAUUCCAAUGCAUGCUUUUCCCCCCAAGCCAAAGUAUAAUUUAAACUUAUUUGGCUAUUCCUACACACCUCAUAGUUCUGGUUUGAUGAUUAAGCUGCCUUCUGGGAAGGGGGCAUCACUGGCUCAAGACAUUUUGCAAAGCAGUACCCAAGGCCACCCAAGUUAUUUUGACACCUGAGGCAGAAAAAUCCUACAAGCACUUCUUCCUCCCUGCCCCCGGCAAUAAAAAUAUAACAAUUAAUUGUAAUUAUGAUGCAUGAAGUUGCUAACAAUUUGCUGCUUUUUCACAGCCGUGCCAAAAUCUGCUGCUCAAGGCUGCUGCCUCACUCUGCCUAAUGUUAGUGCCGGCCUGGCUGCGGCUGCUGUUAAGUUUACUCUGGAGGUUCAAAUCUUCCUCUCAUACCGAAAAUUGCUGACUCAUCUUCAUACCCCUCCAGGUCCAGAGAGCCACCUUGCUGCUCCUCUUCUUCUUGCUCUGCUCCUCCGCCGUGACCAAGCAAGCUGUGCCAGACUGCUGCCGUCAAAAGAGCUGCUCGUGCCACCUCUUUGAGCUGCUGCAUGGCACGGGCAACCACGCCACCGGCAUCCUCACCCUUGGCAAGCGGAGCAGCGCCACAGCCACCACCAAGGCCUUCCAGAGCCGGCUCUAUCAACUCCUGCACAGUUCGGAGAACCAGGCCGCCGGGAUCCUCACCAUGGGCAAACGAGCAAGUGGAUUGGGGCUGGGAAACACAGAGGAUGUGCCUGGCAGCAACCGAGUAACGCCAGCGCCAUACUCUGCAGGGCCUGAUCCAGCCAUGGGCUGCCUAGCACCCCUUGAGAGGGACUUGCCACCUGGCCCAAAGAUGGGUGCUUCAGAUACCAUUUACUAA